GUCAAUAACUAAUUAAUAAAACUGUUAAAUUAUGUAACCGAAAAUGUAACUUUUAUGUAAUGUAAUUUUUUAUCAUUACAUUAGCUAUUAAGUAUACGCUUGUUUCUUGAUGUUUUUUGCAUUAUAAAAUUGUUGUUUUAUUUAAUGUUAUACUCUUACAGGUAAUAGGUACCUUAAUAUUAUGAAAAUUAUUAAUAUAAUUUAAUUUAUUUAGGAAUUUAUUGAUGUUUUAUUAUUAUUUAUUUUAUCAUACAAUCAUUAUGAUAAAUUUUAACGUCUAGUGAAACUUUUAAACCGUAUAUUCUUUUUAUUUACAUUUCUUAUUUAGAAAAUUAUAUAUUAACAACUAAGUAUAAAUUAAAAUACCAUAAGAAAAUGGUCUUGAGAUCUGAAGCUGUAAAACCACUAAACUUGAAUAAGUCAAAUAAUAGACCUAUUUUACGAACAGUUAAGGAUACAAUACAAAUUACAAAUAGUGGAAAUAAUAUUAAGCCAUCAACUCCUACAAUAAACAACACUAUAAUUCUUGAUAAACCAUGUAAGUUUUAACUGUUUUUAGUUGACCUUAUAAUUAAUACUUACAUUGUUUUUAAAUUUAGAUAUUCAGCUUUCAAAAAAAACAAAAGAACUUGAUGCUAAUAAAUUGCACAAGUCAGUUGUAGAUCAAAAAUCUGAUAAAAAUACUAAAAUUACAAAAUCAAGAUCUUUUAUUGAAAAAAAUAAAAAAAUAAUAACUGAUAAAAAUUCUAAUGAUUUAUUGGAAAAUAAAAAGUUAGCAGAACAAAAAACUACCAACAAAUUUCCUAAAGCUUCUGCUAAGCAAAAGGUAUUGAGAAUAUAAUGUUUGUCUUAGUAAAAUUACUUAAUACAGAGAAAGGUACUUUCCUCCUUUAAAUUAAAAAAAAAUUUAUAAUACAAAUCUAAAUAAUAAGGUUAAUUAUUGUAAAAAAAAAUUAUUAUUGAAAGUAAUAUUCUUGCAAAACUUUUUAUAAACAUGUUUGAGUUUAUUUUACCAUAUAUUUAUUAAAUUAAUUUUAAGUAGGUAUUUAUUUUUUUAUUUUGUAGUUAAUUACAAAAUAAAUAAUUUCAAAAUAUUAAAUUUAAAUUUGAUAAUAUUUUACAUAUUUUUUAUAAGCAAAAUUUCUGGGUUUUAGGUGGAGAAAAUGUCUUAUUUGCCUUUUUCUGAACUCAUCAUUAUUUGUGUAUUAUGCAAUUUUGUUUUAGAUUAUCCAUGUUCAAGAUGAAUGUCGAACUGGUACAAAUUUACCAACUGAAUCAAAUAAUCCAAAAGUAUAGUAGAUUAUUUAAUUAAUUAUUUAAAAUAUUAAGAUACACUUACAACAUAUUUUUAGGUGGAUCAAACGUGGUCGCCUCCACCAAAAGUUAUAAAUUUAAAAAAAACACUAGUCUCACCUAUUAACUUAAAAAAAUAUUGCAAGACUAUAUUUGAUGAGGAUGAAUUUUUAAAUGCUGCUAAAAAUGUAAUUAUUUUUUAUAAUUUUAAUUUCAUACAUUUAUUUAAUUAUCAAUAUUAUUUUUGUCCUUUAUUUGAUUUAUUGUUUAAUAUUGAUUAUAAUUAGAUAGACACUAAAUCUACUAAAUAUACAUAUACAAAAAUAUCUAAACAUACAAAUACAAUUCCACAAACAAAAUUGAUUGAUAAAAGUAUGUUAUCUGCUUGGUUUACUUGAGGUUUAUUAUUUAUAUUAUUAAUUUAAUAUUUAUUUUUAUUGUAGAAACUCAAGUACGUGAAGUUAAAAAACCUGAACAUUUGUUUUCUAAAUUAAACCUUAAUAAUGAUUAUGAACUUAUUGAUAAAAAUAUAUUUGAUAUUUCAAUACCUGAAAUAGUUGAUAUUGAUACUUCAUUAUUUCAAAAAAAUGAUAAUGGUAAUAGAUAUAUUAUAUAUAUUAUUUUUUAUAAUAUGAAUAAAAAAAAAAAAUUAUUAAUUUUAUUGAUAUUUUUAGUAAAACAAAUAGACAUUUAUCAAAGUAGAAAAACAGAAGAAGAAAAUGGUAUUUUUUUUAAUAGCGAACCGUCUGAAAUAAAUAUAAGCACAAAAAUAUUAAAUGCUGAAACCCAAAAGGACUUACAAUUGCCUAUUCAUUCAAAUGCGGGAGAAAUUAUUAAAAGUAUUAAUCAUUUAGCAGAACGUCAAGAUUUAUUGAUUGAUCGAUGUUUACCAAGUAAAAACCAUUAUUCAGAAUCAACACAAACCGAUGAUUAUAAUAAUUUGUUAUCAUUGUUUUCUUCAAAAACAUGUUCUACAUUACCAAUGAAUUUUAUUUCAGUAUUAAAAUGUAAACAUAAUUUACAGCGAUCAAAAAAAAAUUAUUUAGAAUCUCAGAAAUCUAAUGAUUUAGAUAUAAAUGAACAUUCAAUUUCAAAUAAAUUGUUUAAUAAUAAUAACUAUACGAGUAACAAAAAUAAUGUUGAAUCUACUGUAAAUAAAAUACCAGAUAAUAUAGUUGAAUGUGAUAAUAUAGUAAAUUUAUCAAAUUUUGAACAAAGCGAACAUGAAUAUGACUCAAAUAAGUCUAAAUAUUCAAUAAUUAAUAAAACUAAUAUAUCAGGUGAAAAAUAUCUAUCUCCAAUUCAAUUAACUAAAAAUAAUGUUGAAUCUACUGUACAUAAUAUACCAGAUAUAGUUGAUUGUGAUAAUACAAAUAGUUUAUCAAAUUUUAAGCAAUGUGAACAUGAAUAUGAUUCAAAUAAGUCUAAAUAUUCAUUAAUUAAUAAAACUAAUGUAUCAAGUGAAAAUAAUUUAUCUUCAAAUCAGUUACCUAGAAACAAUGUUGAAUCUACUAUACAUAAUAUACUAGAUAUAGUUGAUUGUGAUAAUACAAUCAAUUUAUCAAAUUUUAAAGAAUGUGAAAUUGAAUAUGAUUCAAAUAAGUCUAAAUAUUCAUUAACUAAUAAAGCUGUUAUAUCAACUCCAAAUAAUCUAUCUUCAAAUCGAUUAACUAGAGAUAAUUUUUGCCAUGAUCAAAUAAAUAUAGUAAAUAAUGAUGAAAUAUUUAAUAAUUUAAAUGUACUUACUAAUGAAGAUAUUAAACAGAUUUUAAUGAAAAAUAAUCAUGACUUCGAUGAUUUGUUGACAAAAAACAGUAGCAAUGAUCACAUCUUGAAUAGUUUGUCAUGUUGUGUAAGUUUUGGUUAAUGUAUAUUUCUAAUUUAGUUGUUAAAUUUAUAUUAUUUAUGUCGUAGUUUCCUGAAAUCCAUGAUGAAUUUCAAGCAGAACUUUGUACACUUGACCAACUAAAUAACUCUUUAGGUGAUAUAGAAAAAAUGGGUUGUGAUAUGUCAUUUAAAACUAACGUAAUAAAUACAAUUAUAAUUUGUAUUAUAUUUUAUUUUAUAACAAAGUGUAUAUUUUUUUAAUAUUUUAGGAACUAUCAAUCGAUGAAGAAUUUAGUGAUCACUGUACUCUUGAUUCAAAUUUACAGACAAUGUUCACUACCCCAUUCUCUGAUAAUAAUAGUAAACAAAAAUCAUUUUUAAAACUAAAUUCAGUGUCAUCAAAUAUAAUGUCUGUAGAUAAAACUAUAACUGGAUUGUCUAUUCAAAUGGUAAAUAUAUUUGUUCAAUACACAUCAUAAUAGUAUUUUCAAUGAAUCCCUAAAUAAUAUUAAGAAAAUUAUGUAUAAUAAGUACUAUGAUCAUUUGAUUAUAACAUGACUUUUUAGUAGGUCUUCUUAAUUUUAGUACAUAAUGUGUACAUGAAUAUAGAUUUGUUAACUAUCCAUUAUUUUAUGUUUUAUGACCUUCUAACUUCUGGUAAUUCUUCAGUUCAACCUAUAUUUUUAAUAUUUUAGUUAAAACACAUUUUUUAUUACUUAUGUUAAAAAAUAUUUUGUUUAAAUUAAUUAUUUAAACUAUCUUUUAUUAUUUUAUAAUUUACAACUUUAAAUAUAUUUGUAUUCAAUUUUUAAUUUAAUUACUUUUAUAAAAACCAAUUUUGUAUUUAUUUUUAAUUUAAUAUGGUUAUUUUAAAGAAUAAGUGUAUAAUUUUUCAGUUUGAACAAUUUAUUAAGGACGAAGAACUCAGGGCAAAUCAACAUCGAACUAUACUUUGUUUAAGAGAAAAAUCUUUAAUGAACCGUUUGAAGUGGGAAGUUACUAAGUGUGAUGUACAAUUGAAGUAAAUAUUUUAAAUUAAAUUACUCAAAAAUUUAAAGUUUUAUGUUUUAUCUUUUUUAAUAUUUGUAGACAUUUUAAACUCCAACCAGGGCAAGUACAGUUGAUAAAACAAAAGCAAAGAGGAAGAGUAAAAAAACUGGAACAGUCAUUAUCUCAAGUUGUUCAACUUGGUAGAACAAUAGACUCAUUAUAUAAGCAGCGACUUAUUAUGCUAAAUGAACAAUUACAACAUCUAAAAAUGCAAUCAUCUUCUAAAAAGAUUAUCCGUAAAUUAAAAAACUUAGAUCGAAUCACUAAGGUAAUAUAAAUUUAAUUAGCUUAUAAUACACUUAGGUAAUAAGAAAAAUUUAAUUUUAGAAAGACGGAUGCCGCUCAAUAAAUCCACAUUUAUUUAAUCAAUUUGAUAAUACUCCUUUUGUUAAUGCUGUUGAGAGUAAACAAACCGAUAUAAAUUCUAUAGAAUUAAAUGCUACAUCAAAAAAUAGCACGUCACCAAUUAAAUUAAUUAAUUUUGAAUUAAAUAAACCUAAAAUUAAUUUAAGAAGUGAGUGAUAUUAUUUAUAUUAAAUAUCCUAAUAUUUGUAUGAUUCAUAAUUUGUAUUUAUUUUCUAUAAAACUUAAGAGUAUAAAUAAAAUAAUAUUUUAUUGUAAUAAUUAUUGAAAAAUAUUUUUUUUAAAUUAAUUGAUUUGUUUUUGUUUAAUGUAUUACAUAUAAAUUAGAAAUUUAUUAUUUAUUUUGUUUAUUAGACCAAGCAACUUCUCCUAUUGACUAUGAACCAAAGCCCAUUAAAAAAGUUGAAAAUGUUCAAAUUCAAACGAACCCUGAUUUAUCUUUAAAAUCAAUGAAUGAUAAGUCUGUACAAACUUCUGAAACCCCGUCAGUAAAUUAUUUUUUCCAAACUGGUAUAAAUUUUAUUAUUAAUAUUAAUUAUUUAUUAUUAAUUUAUGAUUACAUAUUAGUUACUUCAAUAAUAAUAAUGAGGAUAUUAAAUUGUCAGCUUCAUUUGGUUUUUCAAAAAAUCAUAAACUAUGUUUGGCAAAUUUAACUAAAGAUAAUAGAUCAACAAUGUCAUCUACUAAGCCUGUUAAAUUAAAUCAUUCUCCAGAAACUUCACUUAGUAAUUACAAAUAUUUAUGCUUUAAAAAUAAAGUUUCAAUCAAUUAUUAUAUUUAUUUGGUUUGUAGGUUCAAAUACAGAACAGAGUGAUAUGGAUAUUCGAAUAACAACUUUACAAGAACAAUUAGAUUCUCGAAAAUUAGAAUCUUUUAGAUUGAAAAAAGAACAAAAAAAGUUGAGAUUAGAAAAUCUCAAAUCUAAAGAACAAGAUCUUUUGAAACAAAUCGAUUUAUAUGACAAAAAAAUUGAAGAAUCAAAAAAAAUUUUGAUGGUGGAACUAGAAAAGAAAAAUAUUCAAGUAACAAAAUUGUCAAAAAAACAUGAUUCUCCUUUAAAAAAUUCUAGUUGUUCAAUUAUUCAAAACGUAACUAAUUACGAAAAUAAUCAAUCUUUGGAAAAACAUAGUGAACAGUUGAAUGUAUUAGAUCAAACAAUGUGGGCAGGGAGAAAUAAAUAUUUAUAUCAAACUUCAAUACAAAAUUCAAAUAAUGAAAGUCUAAAUGAUUCAGUACUUUUAGAUAAAUCAGUACAUAAAUUACAAAAUUUUUCUUCUAAAUCUAAAGAAAAUCUUGAUGGAAAAGUUGAUAAGUAUAAAAAUAAAUCAUGUGAAUUUUCAGAGGAAAAUCAAAUUUAUGAAUUUUUGCCUUUACAUAAAGAGCCAACUAUAAUUGUAGUUGAUCCAUUGCAUGGAGUUCAAACUGAAAUAGAUAUGUUUAAAUCACAAUCAAUAAAGACAUUAAUUCCUUUAACAAGUGAAAUUAAUGACAAUUUAAUAAAAGAAACCCAAACAAAUUGUGUAAAUGAAGACAUUGGUAUAAGUAUAGAAGCUCCUAUUUGUAAAUAUUCUAUUUUAAAUCAAGAUAAGUUAAAUACUUCUAAAAGUCAAGAAUUUUUUUUAGAAAAUAAUUUAGACAUUGAAACUUCAACACUUCCUUAUGUUAAUAUAAAUUAUAACGCCCCAAAUGAAAAUUCAUCUAAUAGUGGUAACAUUCAAAGAUCAAUUUUAGUUGAUUUUAAUAAAAAUUCUAGUGGUGAAUGUGAGGAAAUCCAGAAUAAUGUAAAACAGUUUGAGAUAGUGAAUAAUGAAAUUAAACUGGAAGAUAAUUACAGUCCAGAUUUCACAUCAGAUGAAAAUAUAUCAGAGUUUAAAGAAUCGUAUAAUUUUACUAAACCAUUUAUGAUGGAAUCACUGGACAAACAAGAAAAUAAUGAAUUUUCUUGUGAAGAAGAGAGAAGCGUAGGUGAGAUUAUGAUGGAGGAUAAUACAUUUAUUGAUCAGUUUUCAGAUGAUAGUGAUUUAGUAAGCCAAAUUAAUAACUAAUACAGAAUAUAUUGAUAGUAAUUAAUGUGUUAUAUUUUAGAUUUUAAAUGAAACAUGCUCAGAUGAUAAAAUUGAUACUAUUACGAAUAAUAUUUUGAAUAACCUUCUUCAAGAUACUUUUAACAAGAAUAAAUCGUUUUUAUUUUCAAAGAAAAGUAAUCUUAAUAUUGGAACUGUAGAGACUCCAUUGUUAAUAAUCUUAGAACAUGGAAAAAAAGAAGAUUUUAUAAUUCAUAUCUCUGAGCAAACAACAACCAUUUCAGAUAUACUUUUAAAACGACAUAUACAGCCACUUGUAUCUGAAACUCUUCAAAUGUAUUUACCUAGAUUAAAUAAAUUAGAAACAGAAGAAUUAACAAAAUACUUAAAAUGGUCAUCUGAAAGAAAAAAAUUGAAAUUAUCAGAAUGUUUAAGUUUUCGUAAGUGAAAUGACUGAGGUUUUGUUUAAAAAUUUGAUUGCUUCAUAAUAUUUCCAAUAUUUUAUUAUUGAAUUAUGCUUAUUUUAUUGAAUGUUAUUACUUUGCUUUUUUAUAUGUGCAUGGAUAUGAAUAUAUAGAUUUUUUUUAAUAAUAAUUGAACAAUUAUUAAUUUUGAGUAUUUAUCAUAGUUUAUCGUGUUACAUAUUAUUAUAGAGGGUGAUCUAUUAUGAACUAGCAAAUUAAUCAGAAGGAAUUAAAAUUAAUUUUAUUUUUGUUUUAUUCAUUAUUAUUGAAUCAAUAAAUUUUUAAUUUAACAUUAUUUAAAACAAUAUAUUUGACAAGGUACUAGGUAAUAUCAGAUAUUUUUAUUGCUGAAUACCGGGAAUCUGAAUUGAUCUUAGAAUAGAUUUCCCUUUUGUUAUAGAAUUUAAUAAUACAUAUAGUUACAUUUAACAUUAUUAUUACAUUGGCAUUUGAUAAUUCAUUUAUUUUUUUUUUAACUAGCUGGGUACUAGGUUUUUAGAAAUUAAAGCUAGCCAAAUAUUAAGUAUUGAAAAAGUAGCUGGGUUCUAGGUCUGGUAAUUUACCCAUAAUAACUCUUAAUUAUAACAGUUUAAAAUUUUGACUAGAAGAUUAAGAAAGAAUAAUAAACUUAUAUAAAUUACAUACAUAUCAAUUUUUAGAUGAUAAAUUAAUAAUAAUCCUUUCAUACUCCUUCAGUCUAAAUUUUUAACUGUUAUAACUCAUAAACCAUGUAUCUGCCCUCUAUGUUAAAAAGAGUGUUUCUAUUUAAAAAUUAAAAGUUAUAUUUAUUUGAAGUAUAUGCAGUAAACAUCAAAAAUUGAAAAUAAAAUACUAAAUCCUAAUAUUGUUUAUAUAUUAUUAUUAAUAUUUAUAAAGUUAAGCUUUCAUUCAGAUUUCAAAAUGAUAGCAAAAAAAAAAACAAACAGAAAUCAAAUUUACACAAAAUCCUUCUAGAAAAUCGCUAGUUCAUGUUAAAUGAUCAUUCUAUAUAUUAUAUUUGUAAUAAAUCUGUAUUGUAUAUUAUGUUGGUAUCAAAACACAGUAAUCCCCCCCCCCCCCAAAAAAAACUGAUUUCUGUUUGCUUUGCUUGCUCAAGUGUAUUUAACAUGUUAUUUUAUGUUUCUUUUUCCAUAUUUUCUAUUAAAGUUUUAUAAAAAUGUAAGUUAUAUAUAUAAAUAUAUAUAUAUUGUUAUAAGUAUUUAUUGAUUUUAAUUUAGAGGACCAUAUUAGUAAAGUUGAGGAUGAUGAAUCAUUAGAAAUAUUUGAUGAAAAAUAUCAAGAGCAGGUAAAAAUGCAUAUAAACAUUACUUAUACGAAUAAUAUAUUAUUUUAAAUUCUGAGUGGAACGAAGAAGCUUACGGUCUUACAAAGAUGUUUAAUUUUUUUGUUCUGUGAACAACUUUUCUACCAAAGAUCUUGCUCCGAAUUUUAAGUGUUGUACAUUUUUUGAAAUGACAUCGAACUAAAAAGGUACAUUAGGGAGGUCGAUUUUUGAUUUUCUCAAAACAUGUGACAAAAGGGGAAAAUAUAAGAAAUGUAGGUAUGUAAUUGAAAAAUAUUUUGGCAUUUUUUUUUUCUGUGAACAACUUUUCUACCAGUAAUUUUGUUCCAAUUGACUUUGAUAGUACUUUUUCUGAAAGGAAAUCUGAAUGGGAAGGUAUUUAAAAAAGGUCAUUUUUUCAAUUUUCUCCAAAGUUUUCUCAAAAUCAAUAUUAAAGAAAAUAUAUAGUAUUAUAAUAUUAAUAUAAUAUAAUAAUAAUAAUAAUAAUAAUGCCUAUUUAUUUUACCAUAAUAUGACAUAUAUUGUUGACAAAAUAUCACUAUCAACUAAACUCCACUCAGAAUUGUUUUUUUGUUAGUAAUGGUUUAUCAUUGCUUACAGGUAUACAUUAAAUUAUUUUCUGUAUCCUACCUUCCCAACUUCCCACCUAUAAUAGUGGCUACACCUGUCCUCAUUAUCCUAGGACAGAUUUUUUUUUUAAGUAAAAUGUAUAAUAAAUUUGUUGUAGAAGACAUUUUCAACUGGUCAAGAUGAAAAUAGUGGUAUAAUACUUAGUCAAACCAAACAAGAAGCAGAUAAAUUAAAACUAGAACAAAUGCGUAUAGAACAAGAAGUAUGUAUGUUAAUAUUAAUGCCCAGUGCAAGUUUUUAAAUUUUCUUCAAUUUUGAAAAAUUUAAAAAUUAUUUUUAACAUUUCAAUUACUACCUUAAAGAUAAGAUUUUCAAACUAAUCUACCUGAUACCCAUUUAAGGGAAUGUGGUGGGGCUGUUUUUAUUGACUAAAAUUACUUCAGAGAAACAAUGAUAACUCAUUAUCAAUUCAAUAUUUGCAUAAAACAAUUUUUUUAUUGAUGACCAACAAUAUUCUAUUGUCCACAUUUUUAAUUUGGAUUAAAGAUAAUGUUAAAAAAAAAAAAAUGACUAAAAUAAGUUUAUUUUAUUUUUUUAAAGACUCAUUAUAAAUUUGAGAUUAAUAUAUUUAAAAACGUAGUUCAAUGCAGUCUGUAGAAUAUUUUCCUUCAAUAAUUAAAAAAAAAAAAAUUAAAUUUGAGUGAUUUACUGAACUGUAUCACUAUUUCCUUUGAGUGAAUUUUUGUGAGAAAAAUGACAUUAGCACCGAGCGCCUCAAAAUAAUUAUUUCAAUAUUUAUUGUGUUUAUUAUUUCUAGAUUGAACGUCUUCGUUUGUCUGAAGAAACUUUAAGAGAAAUUCCUAAUAAACCACCUCCACCUUAUAAGAGUCCUACAAAAAAGAAAGCACUUUCUGAUAUACCUUAUACAUUUGAUGAAAUUCAUAAAAUAGUUUUGAUAGCUGCUAAUAAACUAUUUAAUGAUCCCCAAAGUUCAAUGUCGGAAAAUGAUAUUAAACAUUUGGGCUCAAAUUUACAUGCUGAUUAUAUAACAUUAAUCUUUGAUUACUGUAAAGAAAUUGCACAAGAUACAUUUAUCGAGGAAAAUAAUGUACCAAUUUGGAAAAAACCGAUUAAAAAUUUAAAACAGUUUCGAUCAAAACCAAAAAAUCCUAAAGAUUUGAGUGAUAUGGUUGUAAACAAAUUGAACCAAAUUUUAGACUUAGAUGAGUGUGAAGAAAAAGUUAAUAAAUUUGUGAUCAAACAGAUGUAUGAAGAAAAAAGUAAGUGGAUAGAUUUUCAAAUGGAUGAAAUGGAUAUAAAAAAUGAUAUUGUUCAAAAUUUGAUGAAAAAAUUAAUUUCUAAUACCAUUAAAAAUAUUAAAACAAAUUUUUAUCUUAAAUUUAUUGGAUAAAAGUAGAGUAAUAAAUAUACUUUG